AUGCAGUUGAAGAAUAUUUUGGCUAUAUUGCAUACGGAUGAUGAUGAUACUGCUGUGACACCAGAGGUCAAGUCAAACAAUCAGGCAAUCUCAGAGACGAUCGAGGCCAAGAUGAAGUAUGUCGAGCAGAACUUCUCAGAGAUGCUGCAGUUUGCAGGUGGUGACGGUCCGUCCUCGCCCAACCAUCAGUCAACUGCCACUGGCGCGCAGUCCACGACGACCACCACCACGACCACUACAACAGAGACACAGCCCACUCAACAUCAUGACAAUGCCUAUGCCUACGUCAAGACAGCGAUGAUCCCCGUCGGCCUUGCUGGCCUUCCCCUCACUGAGAAGAAAAGGAGCCAUCUCCAUCAUCAUCACAAGAGCUACGGCCCUCCAGAGAUCCCACCCGAGGAGAUCUUGUUCGACCCAAAGGUCGAUCAUCUGGGCGGCGGAGCAUAUGGCAAGGUGUACCGAGCUACGUGUCGCAGUAAGAAGGUCGCCGUCAAGGUGCCAAAGAAACAGACACUGAGCGAAUCAGAGCUCAAGUCGUUCAAGCAUGAGGUUGAGAUUUGGAAGCAGAUCUAUCAUCCCAACGUUGUAAUGUGCAUGGGUGCCUGCACCAAGCCAGGCAAGAUCAUGAUUGUCUCUGAGCUAAUGCAGUCUGACCUCGAGAAGAUCAUCCAUUCAGACUCACCUCCACCCCUGUACCAGCGUAUCAAGAUGGCCUACGAUGCUGCUCUUGGAAUGAACUGGCUGCACGGCAUUUGUAAUAUUCUUCACAGAGACUUAAAGCUAGCCAAUCUAAUGAUUGGCAAGGACAAUACAGUAAAGAUCACAGACUUUGGAUUCUCCCAGGUGCUCAAGUCGGGCACGACAACGACUGAUCAACGUGGACCAAAGGGAACAGCACUGUACAUGGCACCAGAGGUGAUGCAGAAGAAGGAGUUCAAUGAGAAGGCCGAUGUCUACAGCUUUGGUCUCAUCCUCUAUGAGUUGGCCACAUGCGAGGAACUAUUCCCAGAGUACACAGAGAUACAACCAUUCUCAAAUGCCAUUUGCAACCAGAGACUUAGACCAACGAUUCCAGCUGACUUGCCCAAGUCAUUGGCGGCAUUGAUGCAGAGAUGUUGGGAUCACGACCCAUCACUACGUCCAUCCUUCUCAGAGGUAUCGUCCAAGAUGAAUGAAGUGCUGAUCGAUAUUGCAAUCUCUGGCAAUCCCAAUGCAGCGGCAUUUUGGAAGAACUCAUUCGGCACACCCGAUGAUGUCAAGUGGGCAGAGUUUGCCAUGAAGUUAUCCAAGGCCACCAAUGUAGAUAUCCGUGACAUUGAUAUACUAUCCAACCUCUUUGUGCUAUCACCAACUAAUGAGGAUACAAGCAGUGGAGUGGUCAACAUUGAACGAUUCGAGUUGAUGACCAAAUGGUUCGGACCAUUCUAUAGCAAUGGAGUGGGCGCAGCGAUACUGCAAGAGAUGAUGGCAUUGCUGAAGAAGCUAUGGUUCCACUUUGACAUAUCGCGCGAUGUCUCUGAGCGUCGCUUGCGAGGACGUGCCGAGAACACGUUCUUGAUUCGUCUGAGCCUCAACGACCCGGUCAACACGCCACUCACCAUCUCCAAGAUCAAGAACUCCAAGCCAACACACAAGAGAGUGGCGCGUGAGGAUGAGCCGCCCUCUGCCGAGUACCCGCUGGGCUGCAAGUUCAGAGUGCCCAUCGAUGGCCAGGACAUAUGCUUCAGCAGUGUCAUUGCCAUUGUCGACAAGCUAAAGUCAAUCAACAACCUUGGCAGUGAAUGUCCACACAAUGAGAUCAAGAUACCAUACGUCAAUGACUAA